ACCUUCUGUUUGACUCCCGGGAAAUCAUUUUCUCUUUUUGGGGGUUAGGAAGAUUCUCCGAUAAUACUAUUUAAAAAAAUACUGAACUAUAUAUAUGCGUAAUCAAAAAUUUCACUGAUUUAUAGAAUUUUUUUUGGGGGGCAUGGCUACGUUGUUGUUGAAGAAAGUUUGGGAAUCGGUUUCCAACCGUUCUUCGAUUUCCAACUCCAAUUCACAGCGACGGCAUCGUUCUUCCCACGACGACUCGUCGUCUUCGUCGUUUUCGUCGUCUAUAGGGGCAUUCGAUCAAAUACCGUCUGAUAUAUUGAUGCAAAUACUGAGAUUGCUUGGUCCAAAGGAAGCUGCGAAGAUGAGCGUCGUCUGCAAGUUAUGGAAGUCUCUCGUUUCCGAUGAUCGGCUCUGGAUUUUCUUCCUCCAGAAUCGGCAGGACCAGCACGAUUCGUUCGACUCCAUUAUCUUCGCUGAAACCUAUUUGAGAUCCGGUGCCCCACUUCAAGCAUUGUCUGGUCAGCUCACAGAGUUUUCGAUGAUGGGUAUUUAUGGUCAGCGUAUGCUAGUUCCGGGUUCUGUCAUUAUUGAUGGUGGCUCUGGCUAUUGCAAAUUUGGCUGGAGCAAAUAUGCUUGUCCAUCUGGGAGGUCAGCAACUUUUUUGGAAUUUGGUAACAUCGAGUCUCCAAUGUACUCUAGACUUAGGCAGUUUUUUGCAACUAUUUACAGCAGCAGGAUGCAGGUGAAACCGUCUUCUCAGCCAGUGGUUUUGUCAAUACCGAUCUGCCAUUAUGAUGAUACCGAAGCUGCCAAAGCAUCAAGACGUCAGCUCAAAGAAGCCAUAUAUACAACCCUCUUCGACAUGAAUGUUCCUGCUGUUUGUGCAAUUAAUCAGGCAAUUUUAGCUUUGUAUGCAGCCAGAAGAACUUCAGGAAUUGUUGUAAAUAUUGGGUUUCAGGUCACAUCUAUUGUCCCAAUUCUGAAUGGUAAAGUAAUGCGCAAGGUGGGCGUGGAAGUUGUGGGAUUGGGAGCAUUAAAACUUACCGGGUUUCUUAGAGAGUUGAUGCAGAAGAACAAUUUAAAUUUUGAAUCAUUGUAUACUGUUCGAACAUUAAAAGAGAAUCUUUGUUAUGUUGCUGCUGAUUAUGAAGCUGAACUCUGUAAAGAUACAAAAGCAUCAUUUAAAUCAGGAGAAGGUUGGUUUACCCUUUCAAAGGAACGGUUUCAAACAGGAGAAAUCUUAUUCCAGCCACAAAUUGCAGGAGUGCGAGCAAUGGGUUUGCCCCAGGCUGUAGCACUUUGUAUGGAUCAUUGCCAUGCAGCCGAAUUAACCGGUGAUGACACUUGGUUCAAGACUAUUGUAUUGUCAGGAGGAACUGCAUGUUUACCAGGAUUGGCAGGCAGGUUAGAGAAGGAACUGCAUGAACUUUGCUCACCAUCUCUGUCCAGUGGCAUUACAGUCGUUCCCCCUCCAUAUGGUACAGAUACUGCAUGGUUUGGGGCAAAGUUUAUCAGCAAUUUGAGCACCUUCCCUCGUAAUUGGUGCAUGACAAAGAAGCAGUUUCGGCGGAAAUCCAGAGCGAAUCUCAUUUGGUGAAUAUCACAAUUUGGCAUUAUUUAGAGCCCUUCCGUACUCGAGUUGUGUAAGAAGCUGGCGUUUCCGAUAAAAGUUUAGGUCAACAUUAUAGACUUUCAACAAGUAUGCGACACGAAUCGUCCAGCUUGUAAUGUCUAUUUAAAAGAAAGAGUCAACUGAAAUUUAAUAGUUCCAAGUGUCAUAUAGUAUUUGGGUAUUUAUUUUUUAUUUUUUAAGUUGACUGUAAAAGAGUAAUGGAAGAAUAAUUCGAUGGUGUAGAAUAUGUGCUAAUACAUAAUGAUUACCAAAAGCUGAAUUGCUGUUACCA